ACAUACAAGUGAGGAGUCUAACAGUUUGAGGAGGAACCGCGUCCUUUGAACACAUCUUUCGUCAGACAUCCAAUCUGCUUUGCUUUGCUUUGCCUUACGCAGGCGUUUUUUGCGACGGUGGCACAUUUGUUCACAUGCUUACCAUCAUCUAAGCAGCGACGGACGGACAACACGACAACUUCAAUUGUGUUUACAUUUCCACCCUAGUUUUCCAGCAGCGUUGCAUGAACUCGCAUGUUACUAUUUUGUAAAAAGGACAAUGGUGUCGUCGCUGUUAUUUAUUUUAAUGCCCACACGGGCGCAUUUUCGUGAGAAUCUGCUCUACCCGUGAGGACCCCCCCCCCCCCCCCCCUCUCUCUCUCUCUCUCUCUCUCCACACAUAUACUGCCUCUUUUAUAUUUUUAAUCGGGUGGAUUUUUUUAUUUUUUAUUUUUCACUUUUCCCUUUCUUCCCUUCGUCUUUAAGAUAGAAGGCUAUUAAUUUUUAAUUCUUAUGCAUCUGCACGAAGACGGGACCACAGAGGAGAAAACGAGUGAUAGUCUAAGCAGAGGGGGACAGAAGGAGAAGAAGAAGAAGAAGAAGAGAGAGAGAAUGAAUGAGACACACUGAGCAAUCCAGGAAGAGGAGAUUGGAGGAAUCAAGGAUCACCCUCAGGGAGGGUGUAAGCUAAGGAGGCGUGUCGCUUCACUCACCUGUGCCUGCUGACUGGCUCUACGCUGUAGCCCCGCCCCUUUCCCUACCCCCUGGUCAGCCUCCAUCAUGGCUUUUGCACUCUGGAUUGUCCUUUCCUGUGCAGUCGCUUUCAGCAACAUUGCUCCGCCAUCUCAAGCUCUGGGCCGGUCAAUGAUGCCCUUCGGCUUGAUGCGUCGAGAGCUGGCAUGUGAAGGCUACCCGAUUGAACUGCGCUGUCCUGGAAGUGAUGUCAUCAUGAUUGAGACGGCCAACUACGGCCGCACUGAUGACAAGAUAUGUGACGCAGACCCCUUCCAGAUGGAGAAUGUGCAGUGCUACCUGCCCGAUGCCUUCAAGAUAAUGUCACAGAGGUGUAAUAACCGCACCCAGUGUGUGGUGGUAGCAGGGUCAGAUGUGUUCCCGGACCCCUGCCCAGGAACCUACAAGUACCUGGAGAUCCAGUACGAAUGUGUUCCCUACAAAGUGGAUCAAAAAGUCUUUGUGUGUCCGGGGACUUUGCUACGGGUGCAGGCUGCUAGCUCUCAGCAGGAAGCAGAGCACCAGGCCGGGGCGUGGUGUAAGGACCCGCUGCAGUCCGGGGACCGGCUGUACGUCAUGCCCUGGACCCCUUAUCGCACUGACAUGCUGUAUGAGUAUGCCUCCUGGGAAGACUUCAAACAGACACGAGCCACUACCACCUACAAGUUGCCCAACAGGGUUGACGGCACCGGGUUUGUGGUGUACGACGGGGCAGUGUUUUACAACAAGGAACGCACAAGAAACAUAGUCAAGUAUGACCUUCGGACACGCAUUAAGAGUGGGGAAGCUAUUAUCACAAACGCCAACUACCACGACACCUCACCCUAUCGCUGGGGAGGAAAAUCGGACAUUGACCUGGCCGUGGAUGAGAACGGCCUCUGGGUGAUCUACGCCACUGAGUCCAACAACGGGCGGCUGGUGGUCAGCCAGGUAAAUCCAUACACCCUGCGCUUCGAGGGCACCUGGGAGACCAGUUUUGACAAAAGGAUGGCAUCCAACGCCUUUAUGGCAUGUGGCGUACUUUAUGCAGUACGUUCGGUGUACCAGGAUGAUGACAGCGAAGCAGGCGGUGACCUGGUGAUGUAUGCCUACAAUACCAACCGUGCCCGCGAGGAACCUGUCAACAUCCCUUUCCCGAACCCUUACCAGUAUAUUUCGUCUGUGGACUACAACCCCAGAGACAACCAGCUCUACGUCUGGAACAACUAUAAUGUGCUGCGUUAUCCCCUAGAGUUUGGACCGCCAGAUCCCACCACGGGUCCUCUGACCACCACACAAGUGACUACGACUCUUCCAGCGAGGCCGUUCACCUCCAGUGCCAGCCCCUCCACCGUCCGUCCUCUUGCCCCGACCUCACGCCCAAUCGGCUCCAUCAACAAGCACCCUGACCUGCGACCAAUCACAGCCACCGUACCUGUAACGCGACGGCCAUCCCGCCCUCCUCAAGGCCCGGAGCCGUACUUCUGCGAGGCCAAGUUGGUCCGUGGAGUCCAGUGGCCCACCACACAGAGAGGGGAAACUGUAGACCGGCCUUGUCCUAAAGGAUCACUAGGCAUCGCUUCGUUCCAGUGCUUGGCAGAACAGGUCAUGUGGAACCCGCGGGGUCCUGACCUGAGUAACUGCACCUCCCCGUGGGUCAACCAGGUGGCCCAGAAGAUAAAGAGUGGAGAGAACGCUGCCAGCAUAGCUGGUGAGCUGGAAACCCACACUCGCAGCCGGAUCCAGGCUGGAGAUGUCACCUCAUCCGUGCGACUCAUCGAGCAGCUGCUGGACAUCCUCGAUGCCCAGCUUCAGGCCCUGAGGCCGGGAAACAAAGAGUCGGCUCCACGGAACUACAAUAAGCUCCAGAAGCGCGAGAGGACCUGUCGGGCCUACAUCGAGGCGGUGGUCAAAACAGUGGACAACCUGCUUCGACCUGAGGCAUUGGAGUCGUGGCAGGACAUGAACAGCACAGAGCAGGCGCAUACGGCCACAAUGCUCCUGGACGUCCUGGAGAAAGGAGCUUUCCUUCUGGCCAAUAACAUGUUUGCCAAUUAUUUCUCCGACCGAGCCCCCAGCAUCGACCUUGAGGUGCAUGUUCUAAACACAGAGAUGGACCCGCAGGGCUUGUCCUUCCCAAAGAGCCACUCCAGCGACAGCACCAUCCAGCUUUCCAAGUCGACUAUUAAACAGUACAGCCGCAACGGCCAAGUAAAGGUGGUCUUUCUACUCUAUAAAAACUUGGGGUCCUUCUUGUCCACCGAAAAUGCCACGGUGAAGAUGGACAUGGAGGCAGGGGCGAGCCACGAUCGCAGGCGGCUUGCGGUUAAUUCCCAUGUAAUCGCUGCCUCCAUUAACAAAGAGUCCAACAGAGUGUUUCUGAGCGAGCCAGUGGUCUUCACACUAAGGCACUUAAAGUUGGAGAAUUACUACACCCCAAACUGCUCUUUCUGGAACUACUCGGAGCGCUCCAUGACGGGCCACUGGUCGUCGCAGGGCUGCAGACUGCUGAGCACCAACAGCACACACACCACCUGCUCCUGUAGCCACCUCACCAACUUCGCCGUGCUCAUGGCUCACCACGAACCCGAUUACCAGGGCCGAAUGCAUGAGCUGAUCCUGUUCGUGAUCACCUGGGUUGGGAUCGUCAUCUCCUUAGUGUGUCUAGCCAUCUGCAUCUCCACUUUCUGCUUCCUCCGUGGACUUCAGACCGACCGCAACACGAUCCAUAAGAACCUGUGUAUCAACCUCUUCAUCGCUGAGCUGCUCUUCCUCAUCGGCAUCGACAAGACAGAUUAUCAUAUUGCCUGUCCCAUCUUUGCUGGUCUUCUGCAUUUCUUCUUCUUGGCUGCCUUCUCCUGGAUGUGUCUGGAGGGUGUUCAGCUCUAUCUCAUGCUGGUGGAGGUCUUUGAGAGCGAGUACUCCCGCAAAAAGUACUACUAUCUGUGCGGCUACUGCUUCCCUGCACUGGUGGUGGGCAUCUCCGCAGCCAUAGACUACAGGAGCUAUGGGACCAAGAAAGCAUGCUGGCUGCGAGUGGAUAACUACUUCAUCUGGAGCUUCAUUGGACCCGUUUCAUUUGUUAUUAUGCUGAACCUCAUAUUCCUCAUGAUCACUUUACAUAAGAUGAUUCGCAAUUCUUCGGCACUCAAACCUGACUCCAGCCGUCUGGAUAAUAUUAAAUCAUGGGCUCUGGGGGCUAUCGCGCUGCUGUUUUUGCUCGGGCUGACUUGGGCCUUCGGGCUUCUCUUUAUCAAUGAAAAUACUGUAAUCAUGGCCUACCUCUUCACCACCUUCAAUGCCUUUCAGGGCAUGUUCAUCUUUAUCUUCCACUGCGCCUUGCAGAAGAAGGUCCAUAAGGAGUACAGUAAGUGUCUGCGUCACUCCUACUGCUGCAGCCGUACCUCCACCACCAGCUCCCACGGCUCCCUGAAGAACUCGGGCCUGCGUGCCAACAACCGCUACUAUAGCGGCAGCCAAGCUCGCCACGCAGCAGCCCACAGACAGAGUCGUAUCCGCAGGAUGUGGAACGACACGGUUCGGAAGCAGACAGAAUCUUCUUUCAUGGCGGGAGAUAUCAACAGCACCCCAACACUCAACCGUGCAACCAUGGGCAACCACCUUCUGACGAACCCUGUGUUACAGACUCGCACCGGCACCUCACCUUACAACACUCUGCUGGCGGAGAGCUUCACCCCGCCGUCACCCGGUGUCUUCAACUCCACCGGAACAUUCCGAGACCCAAAGAGCACGCUAUCUAAGGCCCGCGACCCCUGUGGGAUGGAAACCCUGCCCUUGAAUGGUAACUUCAACAACAGCUACUCCCUGCGCAGCGGCCCGGGGGCUGGAGGCGGGGGCAGCUGUGACUUCCUAAGUGGCGGAGGUGGAGACAGUCCCCCUCCCGUCUUCAAUCCCCGUAGCUCGGAGACUUUGGGAGGCGGAGGCAUCAGACGAAACCUUUCUGAUGCCGCAGCCUUUGAGAAGAUGAUUAUUUCUGAGCUCGUGCACAACAACCUAAGAGGCGGCGUCGGAGGAGGAGGUGGAGGUGGAGGAGGUGGGGGCGAUGCAGGGGACAGAGCGUGUGGAAGCCUGGCGAGGGGACGUCCUCACGGUGGGGUGGGACGGGGCACAACGGGGCCAGAUUCCUCUAUUAGUAUGGAUGAAGAUGAUGACUUUAUGAGAGAGGGGCAUCAGCGCACCCCGCAGGAUGUGGAGCUGCUUUAUAAAGCCUUGGAGGAGCCUCUGCUAUUGCAGCGUGCCCAGUCCGUCCUCUACCAGAGCGAUCCGGAGGAGUCAGAGAGCUACACAGCCGACCUCACGGAGAGUCUGGGCCAUAGCGGCCACAGCGGCCAGAGUGCUGGCGGACAGGGAGGCGGCAGAGCGCCCGAUUCCCCGGCCCGUGACUCCCUGUACACCAGCAUCACCAACCUGCGAGACUCACCUUACCCCGACAGCAGCCCCGAGCCCCUGGAAGUGGUGCCCCGCUCAGCCCAGCCCCCCGAAGAGCUGUACUACAGCUCCGGGAGGCCGGCCCUGGGCUCUCGCGGGGCACCAAUGCAGACCUUCUACCAGGCCCCACCCCGGAGACCGAGUGGGGAGGGACAUCCGGCCCCAGAGCCUGCCCAUAAUGAGGGAGACGGACAGAUGCAGCUGGUCACCAGCCUGUGACUGGAGCCUGAAAGAGGAAGUUGGGGACUACUGUGAUGGCCAGAGCCGCCUCCUAGCCUGCCUCGUUGUAACGUCUCUCCACUUUCUGCUAGUUCGGUUGCCUUUCUUUCUCUUGACUUUUAUUUAACUAACAGGUGACCUUCAGGGGGAGUCGUGGCUGACUCUGCAGAAGCAGCCUUUAUAUUUAACCCUCAUCUUGUCUUAUGGAGAUCUGUGAUGGGUGUUUUUUCUGUAGAGCAUUCAAUCACUCUCUCCAGCUCCAGUACUCCCCAGUUCCUUUGGUACCCUAAGGCCAAGUCCAGCACUCUGAAUGUACCUAUCCACCCCCUUUACCUUCAGAUAUUUCAAAACUUUUAAACUUUGUUAAAGUUUUUUUAUGUAAUUUAUCUUCCGACCUGCCUCCGGAGAUGGGAAUAUCAUUUUAUAUUUUAUCUCAUUUCCUUUUCUUACCAUCCAUAGGUCUUUUUGAGUCAUCAUUUGAUAGGAGUAGUUAGCUGUGGAGACUGGGAAUAUAGUACACAAUUAUAAUCUUAAAAAAUGUCUCACAGAAAGCUCUUCGUUGUUGCCAAAAAUAUAGUUUAUUGAGCCAGAACAGAAACUAAAACACAAGGCAAUUGCACCACACACACACACGCACACACACACACACAUACAUAUACAUACACUCACUUAUCCAGAAGUGCUCAUUACUGAACAUCAAAAGUAAAAACAGUACUCCAUCUAAGUAAAAGGGAGCAAGAGCUUUUGUUCCAAGCAGGCAGUGGGAGCUGAUUCAGUGUAGUUGCCUUCAUUUUCUCUUGCUGUGAAUGGAAGACUAUGUACAGAAGUGGAGUAGAGGCAAAUAUGGACACUGAGGAGGCGCUGAACCACCGGCCCUGCACCCAUAAGACUGGCCUGUCCUCUCCACUUUUCUCUCUGGUUGUUUGCUUUAGGCAUUUGAAAAGUUAAAUGACUGCCUUGCUAUUGUUUUUUAAGAGAGUAUUCAAUUUGUUGACAAUGGUUCUGCAUUCUUUGGGGGUCGUGAGUGCGGACAUGUGUCACCCCCCCACCCCUGAACUUUGCUGUUACAGCCUAGCCAGUUGAAGUGGACUUGUUUCCUGUGUGUGGUUGUGACAAACAAAACUGUAAAUGCCACAGAUGCACUGGUCUACUAAUUGGUAUAACCAUGUACAUAGGAGCCACACAUGAAUCUACUUUAUUCAUACUAUGUAAAUAGACACAUCAGAUGAUCAAAAGCAACAAAAAGCGACAUAACAUGACAAAUGACUUCUUGUACUGCAACAAACCGAAGACAGAAAAAAUAAAAUGUUUUGGAGUUUGUGACCUGAAUGAUA